AUGACUCUGGUUACAGGGACGACACCUGGAGAAUGCUUGGCCCCGGAAAUGGACAGCGUGGAGCUCCUGGAUCUACUCUUUGACCAGCAGGAUGGGAUCCUUCGCCAUGAAAACUUCCAGGCAAAUGCCCAGGAGAGUGCAGGGUGCUGGGAGAUGGCACAGCCCAGUACCCACAGUGGAAGAAGCAACAAGGAGAUCCUAUCCUCACUCUUGCCAGAAACCGUCCCUGACUCCCCGCUCUGGUCGUCAGCUGGCAGUGACAGUGGGAUAUCUGAGGAUCACCUGUCUGACCAGCUGGACAGUCCACAGCAGCCAUCCAGCAGCCCCCACAACUUCGAGGCUUUCCAGUCGGAGCUGCCCUUUCACCCUGGCCCGGAGAUUUGCUGCUCAGAUCCUUGUCCAGGAGCUUCUGAUUUGGCAUACCCAGAUGUGGAUUUCUCUGUCAGCUUUGGUGACUGGAACACUGAACUCCUUGAGGGUGGAGAACAGAACAUGCCAGCACCGACUGCUCCCAACAAUUUCAUCACACUCACUGUCAAGGACCUGCUUCUCUCCAAAGUGUCAGAAAAGUACCAACCACAGCCACACCAUGCCCGGGAGCUGGUACUCAACGAGGAUGAGAAGAAGUUGCUGUUGAAAGAAGGCGUCACACUUCCAUCACAGCUGCCGUUGACUAAGCAAGAAGAACGGAUUUUGAAGAAGGUUAGGAGGAAGAUCCGGAACAAACAGUCUGCCCAAGAGAGCCGCAAGAAGAAAAAGGAGUAUAUUGAUGGCCUAGAAAACAGGAUGGCUGCCUGCACAACCCAAAACCAUGAGCUGCAGAGAAAGGUACUGCAUCUGGAGAAGCAGAACAUGACACUGCUGCAGCAGCUGAGAAAACUCCAAGCCCUGGUCAUGCAAUCUACAGGCAAGACAGCACAGACGAGCACCUGUGUUAUGGUGCUGGUGUUGUCUUUCAGUCUGAUCAUAUUCCCCAGCUUCACCUCAUUCAGCUCCAGUCAGGGAGCAAAUGAAGGCGACUACACUCCCAUACGAGUAUUCUCGAGGUCUCUGCACAACGUGGAGUCAGCCCGUGUGCAUCAGAUGCUGGCUAAUCCCCGCGCUUCAGCAGAGAAGAACCAGGACUGGGGUGAACAACUGAGCUUGGAGAGCAGUGGCGGUGUCAGCCUGCAGGACCAGACAGAGAAUGGUAAAGAACUCACUGGGAUCAUUCGCAGUUUUGCCACCGAUGGAGCAGUCACUUCGCUGAGGAAUGGCACUGCUUCCAAGGAUGUCAUACUCCUGCAAGAGCUUGACCCUGACCACCACACGACAGGACACAGCCAUUCUGUCUGGACUGAAACGAGCUCUUCUGGACUGACCCCUGACCAUGGAGAUGAAAUGUAAUGGUUUCUGAAUUAAGUGGAGCGUCUUAUUAAUUGACAUUUUAAUUUGGCUGACUGGGCUUCGAGCAUACCAGUGAGAUUCAUAUCUUUCUGUCAGAAUAUAUUCUACCAGAUUUCCCUCCACAUUAGAAGCAGCCUCACAUUUCCAAAUUAACUAUUUUGCAGUCCAAAUAUAUAUGUUGAUCUUCCAUAUUUUGGUUUUAUAUGACUACAAUUUGUAUAUUUUUUAAGAAGUAAAUGCUAAUCUUAAUUAUAUUGCUGUGGCAAUCUUGGCUUCGCAUCUUGUCUGACCCCUUCUCUGGUGGGCUGUCGGACAAAGGAGGUCUGUCUCCCAGCUUGUUGCUGCCUGUGGCACAAAUGGCUCUCUCAUUAUAUUGUCUGAUCUUCUCGAAGCAAUCAAAUGCUCGGUGGAGCUGAAAGCACCUCGUGUGCAGGGACCAUUGUGUGAUUUUGGUUACCCUGUUUCCACUUUUUCUUGACAUAGAGACAGGAUCAGCUGUGUUAGGACAGCAAGGUUCUUCCUGACUAUUUGCAAUCGCGAUUGACCCCUCUCACUCUCCUUUCUGACAUGUCAGACUGAGCUCUCGUCCAUCUUUAGUCACUUCAAUCCUUCCCCAGCACUGACACCGUUUCUCCCCUUCCCUGGUGGCUGUCAGAUGAAGGAGGGCUGUCCCCUACUCAGUUGGGGAGGAGGGCGGCGUGGGAGAAUGGAGGGCGGCGUGAGGGUGGACGGGUGGCUCAGUCAUUACAUAAGCAGGCGGGCUGCCUCUGACAUGGAAAAUGGCAAGUAAAUUGUGAAGGUUGCUUAUACCGAUUUCUUUCUCCUGAAUGAUUUUUCUGUGCAUGGUACAAGGACAAUUAACUCUGGUCUUCACUCCUGCUCACGACCCAGUUGCAGAUCUUCACCUCAACAUCUAUCACUCCCUCUCACCAUACUCCCCUUCAUAAUCGUUAUUCUCUCCCCCACAUCCCCAACUCAUCAACCACCCUCCUACCAUUCAUUAUCAUCCGCCAUCUACUUUGACAUCUCACCCCGUCCAUGUCCAUUCUCCUGUCCACCCUCACUUGAUCCUUCAUUCUCCCACGCAACCGUCCUCCCCAUCCAUCCCUUCCUCCCCAUUCAUUACCAACCUCCAUCUACCCUGACACCUCACCCCAUCCAUGUCCAUUCUCCUUUCCACCCUCAUCCCAUCCUCCAUUCUCCCAUGCAGCCCUCCUUGCCAUCAAUCCCUCCAAUCCAAUCCAUCCCAACCUUCCUACCUAUCCGGACUUCACCUCCACCUCCACUUUCCUAUACUCUUCACCUCCCUCCACCGAAUUCCUUGGCCACCAUCCAGCCGCACCUCGCCAUUUCCCCCCUCUCUCCUGAACUCUGCCACCCUUUACUACUUCUGGCCUGUUCCUAUUCUUGCGCUUGGCUUUAAUUGUGACUUUAAUGGGUGAUGUUGAAUAUUUUCAAAAGAUUUUCAUGCAGCAAUCAGAUUGAAUACAAAUCAUUAAAAUUCCACAGUUUUUAAAAAAUGUAUUCAUGGAUUUAAAAAAAACCAUUAACCUCUUCCUCCCAACCAGAGGAUAGAACCUGGAAUAUAAUACUCUUCACAUUAGGUUUCAGUGUCAGUCAAACCUCUGGUCCAAUCAGGGAAGUGAUGCUGAAUUUCAGAGGUGAGUGAGAGUGACUGCCCUUGACUUAUCAACUGAGUGAGGCAUUCCCUCACUCUGUUCAAACCAAAGUCAGUGGGAAUAAGCUCUCCAAUGGCCGGGGCUCUGACAGUAGGAAGGUGGUCACCUCAGGCCAGGAACACCUCACUGUGUGUAAAGUGCUUACAACUUGUUUCAGGUGCUGUAGCCCUUUUAAAACUUAAACGGUUUGUGGAACUGUGUGUGCUGCUACUUAACAAACACCCAGUGAGAAGGGAUAGAUGUGCCCAUGCAUGGGGAUACAUAGGGAGCAAUAGGCUUUAUGUUCUGGGCAAGCACUGGACACUGGUGCACAGUACUAGUCAUCCCAAUUUCAGCCCCACUCUAACACUGACAUUUAUCAAACAAAGUACAAUGAGUUAUGGAGCCUUGGUCCUGGAAUCAUAGGGCGGUACAACAUCCCACCAUGUCCACACUGUACCGAUCUACAUUAGUCCUAUUUGACCACAUCCAUGACAAAUUCGCAAACUGGGUCCUAACUUGGCCUAGUCAUAGGAAGCAGAGUCUGAUGGGUUGUGAGUUGUUGUUUUUUCAUUUGGAAAGCUGUGAUUAAUGUGGUGGCUGGUGUUGGGAUCUUUCCUACAUUCAUAUCCAGAUUAUUAAUGUCUAUCCAUUAAUAAUCUGGAUGUGAACGUAGGACAUAGGAUGGGUAAAUCACAGACGAUACAAAAGUUGGCAUUGUUGAUAGUGAGGAGAGUAGUCACAGGCUACAGAACAACAUUGUUACAGCAAGAUAGGCAGAUGGAUUUAAUCCUGGAGGAUGUGAUUAUUUUGGGAUGGCUAAUUAGACCAAGGAACAGUCAAUGAAUGGUGGGUCUUAUGAAGUACUGAGGGACAGAGGCACCUUCGUGUACUGUGAGGGCAGUUAGUAGAGUUAUUGUCUCAAUGCUCCAGCAUCCUGGGUUCCGUCCUGAGCUCAGAUGCUGACUGUGUGGAGUUUGCAUGUUCCUCCUGUGAUUGUGUGGCUUUUCUCCCAGUGUUCUGGUUUCUCCCAUAUCCUAAAGAUCUAUUGGUUGAUGUGCUAAUGGAGGAAUCGGGGGAGUAGGUGGGAAUGAGGGGAGAAUAAGUGGAGAGGUGAAUGGGCAUUUGAUGUUUAGACUGAACUUGAUGGACCAAAGGUCUUGUGACUCCACCACCCCAAUGAUAAGUAUAAGGAUCCCUGAACCUGCUGUACAGCUGAAUAACGUGGUGGAGGCAGAUUUAGGAUGCUUGCCUUCCUUAACCAGGGCAUUGAAUAUAAGAGCAGGGAGGUUGUGUUACAACGCAAUAAAACAUUGCUGAGAGCGCAGUUGGAAUAUUGUGCAGCUCUGGUGGCCAUGUUAGAGGGAAGACACGAUGACACUGGAAGGGGUUCAUGUGCGACUACCUGGGAUGUUGCCUAGGCUGGAUUGUGGAUGAUGAAGAGCCCAGAAAGGCUGUGCUUGCUUUCUUUAGAGUAAUAAUGACUGAAGGGACUUGGCAGAGGUAGGGGUUUAGGUCGGGUAGACAGUGAGAAGCAGUUGGCCUUAGCAGAGGUGUCUGUCCACAUGGCAUGCAGCUUAAGAUAAGAGGCAAGGUAGUCAGAGGGCUUUUGUGGAAGAAGGUUUUCACCCAGCACGUGUUGACAUCUGGAACGGGUGCAGGCAAGUACUCUCAUAAUAUUGAAGAAGUGCAGUAUGUUCUUGAGUAUUUGACAAGUUCUGGUGGUAGGAUUAGUUCAUGCAUACUCGUCGGUAGCAUGAACACAUACAGAUCUGCUUCUAUAAUCUUCAUUUACUCUAAUUAUUAUUCAAACAUACUCACACUUCAGACUCUUACUUAACAAAAUUCAAAUCUCUUUAACGUUGGUUUGAGUUUGACCCCCUCCCAUCUGACAACUUUGACAGGCUUCUCUCCACUCUCCUGAUCAAAUGCCUACCUCCCAUCUGUGGAUCUUUGUCUCCUCCUUAGCGAGGAGCACACCUCAGGCUUGGCUCCUGGCUGCUCUUUUCUCUUUGGUCUAUUCUCUGCCCAUUUGUUUUGUCAGGAGGGGUUCCUAUUGUUAUAAUAGGCACAUCUCCUUGGUGAGGAGCUGCAGAACUUCUCCUGCCUCACCUGCAGUCUCAUUAACUUCUCUUAUUCAUGAACCAUGCAGGACAUUAUUUUAGUGGAUGGUCUGACUUUCAUCACAUGUCCUGAAGAAUCUAUGGACCAAUUACUUGAACUAACAAUGCAUGCUAAAACACCAGCAAGGUACUAAAACAAUCCUUUCAGUUAUAAAUUGAUGUUUUAUCAUGUGUUCAGAUGAUCAACAAGAUCAGGGACUUCUACUGCCCAAAGUUAUUCUCAUAACUAGCACUGCCAACACAGAUGCACCCUAAUUACUUUGUGUCAGCUUGUUCGGAGUACAAAAUGAUUUCUUUGCAUUUUACAGUAAUUCAUUGUAUGAGUGAUGAUAAAUAUAUUUUAUAAAAUGUGAUAAGGUGUGAUUUAAUGGGAAAAAUUAUUUUUGUCAGUACUAGUUGCAAAAGAAUUACUGAAUUAUCAAUUACUUCAGAUCUUCUGGAUUAUUGUCAACAAUCAGAAUAAACCUUCACUUUAAAUCUCCUCUUUCUUUGUCAAAAUGACAAAGUUAUUUAUCCCUUUACAAGCAGCAGGGUUCAAUGCUUUUCACCAUGUAGAAGUCACUCGAAGCCUUGCUGUGUCCUUCUGAAUAUUGACUGGUCGUCAGCAACUGUUACUUAAGGCACAGUGAUUGGAGGAAUGAGAUACAAAUUAUUAAACUUUCAGAUUCAGUCUUGGACUUCCAAGAAACCUAGGGACUAAUGAAUAUACACACCAAUAUAUGACUGGCAACAGGAGGAAGCUAGUCUGCCUCUUUAGUCUACUCCACCAUUCAGUAAGGCCAAAUAAUCUGAUGAUUCGAUAAUCUGAUUGUAACUUCACUUUUGCAUUCCUAUCCAUCUGCAGUGGCCUCUUACCCCUUCCUCAACAAGUAGCUUUCGACCUCUGUCAGGCAGGAGAAAGUGAUCCCGAAAGUUCUUUACGUCACCUCCAAAUAGCAGAGCAUUUCAUGCCACUAGGUCGAAGGAAAACUCCAGACACUUGUCCUCCCUUGGUUAAAGAAUCUGAGCACUUUCAUGUCACAUCAGCGAAACAAAAC